GAGCAUAGGCCACUGCUGGCAAUGACGAGCAUCUUGAAGCCUAAGGUGUUGCUCCCUGAUCAAAUUGGCAAGCCUCAAAACCACAAGUGCAUAGCGCCAGGUUGCCCGAGCAUUGGAGAACGCAGACGUGUGCGUUAUUUCCGUCUGCCUUCAGAUGAGCAAAGACGCAACCAGUGGCUUGCAAAUUGCAAUCGUCAAGACCUCAAGAGCCACCCUGAAAAGAGCCUGUACACCAGAGUGUUGUGCCAGCUUCAUUUCCACGACUCGCAGUUCAUGAAUGCACACACCUACCAGCGCCUCAUCUGGAAUGCUGUUCCAACAUUGUUUGGCAAAGAUGUACGCAGGCUGGAAGACUUUGAGCCUAAUGAGGGAGCUGUGAGAGUGGACCAUGCAUACACUGCGCCAACGCCAGGAUUACCACUAACAUCAUCUCCACUAUCAGCAUUACCACCAGCACCACUGGCACCAGCACCACCAUUGGCUGAUUCACUGCGCCACUAUGUAGCUCUCUGUGCUGAGCUUAAGAUCAAGUUGGCUGAGAAGGACAGGCAGCUAAAGGCCCUGGAGAAGUGCACUGAUGGCAUUGUGGACAGUGUUAUUCGUCAAGUCAAGAUGUUGCCAUCUGAGAAACAGCAGCAACUGGUCAGUGCUCUCACUCCAUUUGUGAACUUGAGCAAAGAUGAAGGCAUAUCGAAAGAGCCAAAGGUUCGUGUGGAGGUCCUUUUGCUGAGCAGGAAACAUCCAGGAUGCAUCCUGCUUGGCUUGCGCACCAGGUGCUCAUGGGCGAGGGGUCUCUACAUGGUGCCCGGAGACUUCUUGCACUUUGGUGAAUCUUGGGAGGCAGCCGCCGUGCGUGCUACAAAGGAGGAGACUGGCCUCGUUCUUGUGGAACCUUGUGUCUGCUCAGUGGUGGAGAUGGUGCAAGUGUCCGAGGGAUACCACUGGAUUAACAUAUUCAUGGUGGGCAAGUUGGCUGAGACAGCAGCAGAGCCUGCUGCACCCAAGGAUGCUGUAUGUACAGGGUGGCACUGGUUUGCGUGGGAUGCACUGCCUGGCGAAGAGCUGCUUUUCUGGAGUCUGCGUGACUUGCGUCGUGAGAACCUGAUCGAUUUAACUGCCUUUCAGUAGCCAAAAGUACAAAUGUAAAUUAAAGAAAAGAACUGAACAGUGUAAAUAAUGUAAAAAUGAAACUGCUAGUCUUGUAUACAUAUGUUGUACAGUGUUGGAAAAUACAGUUUUUUUUCGCAACAA